UGGAUAAAUACAUAACUAAAGUUUACUUUAUCCAAUUGGUCAAUGGUGCGGAAGUACCCCCCUGUGCCCUCGCGCAAUUGGCUGUCAGUCUUGUCAGUAUCACGACGAACACAAAUUUGUCUGCGGGAUGGUUUUACGCUGCCUGUGACACGAGAAUGUCCUUCCUUUGCUCUUCGGAUGCCCACGGGUAACACGACAGAUGACGGGACAGUAAAAGCCAAAUCCCCCGAGCUUGGCUCAUCUAGGUGCUUCAGGUGAAGGCUUUUUGGCGUUUCUUCGGAGAGCGGUUGCCACUCGCCUCACCCGGAGAUGUCCUUGAGAAGAACGGAGGGUGUGUCCAUUGCACAGGCAUUGGCCAUGACGGUCGCAGAGAUACCUGUGUUCCUUUAUUCCACAUUUGGCCAGUCCAUCUUCUCGCAGCUGAGACUCAGCCCGAGCUUGAAGAAAGUGUUGUUCGCCACGGCGCUGGGCAGCGUGGCGUUGGCGCUCACCGCCCACCAACUGAAGCGGCGCGGCAGGAAGAGGAAGCAGGCCGUCCAGACCAAGGAGGACCAGGUGCCAGUGGGCAUGCCCGAAGUGCUGCUCAGGACGGGGAGGCCGUCGUCGUUAAAGAGAGUUCCGCUGACGGGCCGACAGGUGAUAAGCCCCAGUACUCGCAGCAACGACACACUGAGCGGUAUCUCCUCCCUGGCGCCCAGUAAACAUUCAAGCUCCUCGCAGAGCCUGGCAUCGAUGCGAGUCGCAACCUCGCCAAAUCAGUCCAUCAACCCGCCGGCACGCUGGGAGGCUGAGGAGACUGCGGCGGGGGAGCCGGCUACGGUCGAGGACGCCAAUGCAGAGAAUCUCUAUUUAAUGGGCAUGGAGCUGUUCGAGGAGGCCCUCCGAAAAUGGGAGCAGGCGCUGCAUGCACGCCACGUCCGCAGAAACCUGAGUGCCAGCAACAGCAGCUUGGCGGUGCAAGGGGCAGCGUGCGGGGAUGUCCCCACGAUGGAAGCUCACAACAAAAUGUUUGCCGACAAGCUGGAGACGCUGCUGCACCGUGCAUACCACCUGCAGGAGGAUUUCGGCGGCAGCAUCCCCACAGAGAGUGUGCUGGCUGACUUUGAAAGCGAGGGCACGCUUAUCUUACCCCCGCUGGAGAGUUUCCCCGUGCUGCCGGACGACGAUGCUGCCACUGUGUCAUCCGAGGACUCCUUCUUCUCCGCCACAGAGAUGCUUGAUUGCAUUUCAAUACAAGACCCCUACCAGCUCCUAAAGCCUGCCGCUCUCUACGAGGAAGCUUUGGCUCGCGUCAGGGAGGAACGGGUGGCCUACAGGUCACUGAGGACUGAACUACUUGAAUGUUAUGGUGACCAAGACUUCCUGGCCAAGCUGCACUGUGUGAGACAGGCAUUCCAGGUGCUGUUACUGGACGAGACGCACCGCACUUUCUUCAUGGAGACGGGCAAGCAAAUGAUUGCCGGCUUAAUGGUGAAGGCGAAUAAGAGUCCUAAAGCGUUCCUGGAGAGCUAUGAGGACAUGCUGCUGUAUACUCAGCGAGAGGAGACGUGGGCUGUCACCAAGAUGGAGCUGCAGGGCCGCGGGGUGGUGUGCAUGAGCUUUUUCGAUAUCGUACUGGACUUCAUUCUGAUGGACGCCUUCGAAGACCUCGAGAACCCGCCCUCGUCCGUGGUGGCCGUGUUGAGGAACCGAUGGCUCUCAGACAGCUUUAAAGAAACGGCUCUAGCGACAGCUUGCUGGUCGGUGUUAAAGGCAAAAAGACGCCUUCUUAUGGUUCCCGAUGGCUUUAUCGCCCACUUCUAUGCCAUAUCGGAGCACGUGAGCCCGGUUUUAGCUUUUGGGUUUUUGGGCCCCAGGCAGCACUUGAGCGAAGUGUGUACUAUUUUCAAGCAACAAAUCGUGCAGUACCUCAAAGACAUGUUCGACCACGACAAGGUGCGCUUCACGUCAGCACAGUGCCUGGCCGAGGACAUCCUAAAACUCUCGCACCGCCGCAGCGAUAUCCUGCUGGGCUACCUGGGCAUCGACGGGCUCCAGGAGCUCAAUGGGGGCCCGCCCGGCGACAUGCAGGGACCCCACUAAACUGUGUGGGGGUAGCAUUCUCAUUCCUCCUACUCACUCAUCAGGUUAUCAGCUACUAUCAAGAAGUCCAUCAUGGAACUAAGGACGCGUCUCAUGCUGGACCGGCAGCUGCUCAAACGUCACCUAUACGUAUAUAUCACACAACCGAUUGCUGCUUGUUUGUGCAUUUUACAGUAAAUAUUUACUCAUUUCCAAGGAUGACAUUUUUCCGUUAAUUCUACUUGAUUCUUGUUGAACUGCAGCUAUUUAUUCCAGUCUGAACUGUGAGAGUGCAAUCCGCACCAUAUGUUCUUCUGCUGUAGUCUGCUGGCCAUCGUGCAGCACAAAAUGCAAUUAUAAGUAAAACCCUCAGAGAAAGCCAAAGCAUUUCAAAUGCUUAAACCGUACGCACACAAAAUUGAGGAUAUUUGAGGGAAGUUUUAAGAUGAACCUAAAAUGCACUGAAACCUUUACAGGUGAAAGUGUACAGGUUGAGGUUGAAUUCAUAAGGGAAAACAAAGUUAAACGAUUCUCUGAUGGAUGAUAGCUGCAAUGCGGCUUUUAUGUCAGUAAAACCUCAUUUAGCCGGUCCCUUUAGCGCAGUAGUCAUUGUCAUAGUGGAGGCAUGGGUUUGAAGCUCGAGAGGUGGGCUUCCAUGGCCUUUAAUCAUGCCAUAUGUUAAUUGUGAUUAAGAUGUGAUAAACAUUGUACAUAAGAGAUAUUAUUUUUCCCACAAAAUUAUAUGAAGACUUAACCUGGCUUUAUGGUUGUGAUUUUUCUGCUUUCCCUUUUAUUUAUAGCUUUUGUCCACGUGUGCAAUACGAUUUUCAAUGGACUGGGCCAUGUUUGAGUAAGUUUAAUAUGCAUAAGAAAGGGGUAAAGUUCCACACAAAAGUGACCGAGAUUCGUUUUUCUGUGUCUUGCAUGGUAAAUUCGUUCAUAUAUAUUUAUAGUCCACAAAAUUAACCUCAUCACAUUUUAUCUUAUGCUGAUGAUUUGUAACUGCCAAAACACGGAGGGAAAAAAAAUGUCGUUGUCCUGCCAUGCCUUUUUUUUAUUCUUUCUUUCCAAUGCCUGUAAAAAGUGUAAAUGGAUGUUGAUUCUCUGUAUUAAAUGUUAUUUUUGUUUAUUAAAAAUACUAUAACACUA